CAACUAACUUCUCUUGGGCUGUGUGCUGAGAAGUCUUGGGUUUGGUCCAUGAAAUAGCUAAUGGCUGGAUUAGCUGCUGGCUGUGGUUGAGCUGUUCAGGGACAGCAGUUGCCAUGUGGAAGAAAAUGAAUAAGACCUUACUCUCUGAAUUAGGCGCUUGACUGAAGCUGAUAGAGAAUGGAAACAUUUCCUUGGCAAUGUCUCUGGGAAGACUCCUCCGUCGUGCCUCUUCCAAAGCAUCUGAUCUCCUGACCUUAAAUGCAAGCAGCAGCUGUGGUGGUUCGUCUUCCAUCUUGGAUGGAGAGAUUAUCUAUUCCAAGAACAAUGUUUGUGUCCACCCCCCUGAGAUGCUGCAAGGUGUUGCGGAACAUCACCCAGGCUACUUGUGCUUGUACAUGGAGAAAGAUGAGCUGCUUGGAACCACGCUUAUCCUGGCCUGGGUCCCCAAUUCCCGUAUUCAGAGGCAGGAUGAGGAGGCCCUCCGUUACAUCACACCUGAGAGCUCCCCUGUCCGCAAGGCUCCCCGCAAGCGUAACCGACAUACUCAGGGUUUUGGCAUCCCUAUGCAGGCUUCUUCUGUGGAGCAGAAGCAAGCUGUGACCCCAAAGGAUGAGGAGGACAUUUUGACUGUGUCACAGCUGGUGAGGGAUGUGGCUCAUGUCAGCCCCCCUUCAGAAGAAGGGGACAAAUUGUCCCACAGCUGCUCGGCAACAUGCAACAUCCACAGCUCUGCUCAGCCUGCUCACAGUGACUCAGGAAUUUUAUCGACAAUCAGUUCUCAGGAUGAACAGAACCGAUUAGAGGAGUCCGUAGAGGAAGGGCUGGAGGGCCAUUUGGAGACAGGAGAAGAUGAAGGCUCUUUGGAGUUGUCUGCUGAUGAUGUUAGCAAAGACAGCACCUUUGACUCAGACUCAGAUGCCUUCUCUUCUCCAUUCUGCCUCUCACCCAUAAGUGAAGCUCUUGUAGAAAAUGUUAGCUCCAUGUUCCUGGUUAAUGAAAACAGAGAUCCAUGUGAAAGCCACAUGACUCGCUCAACCAGUUCCAGUUCAAGCCUUGAUCCCAGUUCCCAGUUCCAGGAGAAUAAUGGGCAGGUGCAGACCUCCAGAUGGGAUGAGCAACAGAAGGUGUUUGCCUUGGAACAGAUCUGUGGGGUCUUCAGAGUUGACCUGGGACAGAUGAGGUCUCUUCGCCUUUUUUUCAGUGAUGAGGCCUGCACCAGCGGGCAGCUGGUGGUCGCUAGCCGGGAGAGUCAGUAUAAGAUUUUUCACUUUCACCAUGGUGGCCUGGAUAAACUUUCCGAAGUGUUUCAGCAAUGGAAGUAUUGCACAGAGACCCAUCUCAAAGACCAGCAGCUCACCGACAUGAAGACCUGCAUGCAGUUCUCCAUUCGCCGGCCCAAGCUCCCCUCAUCCGAGACCCACCCGGAGGAGAACACGUAUAAGCGCUUGGAUGUCUCUGCGUGGCUUCGUCAUUUAAACAAGGCUGGACAAGUAGAAGAAGAGUACAAGCUGAGGAAGGCUAUUUUCUUUGGUGGGAUCGAUGUCUCAAUUCGUGGUGAAGUUUGGCCGUUCUUGUUACGCUACUAUAGCUAUGAAUCCACUUCAGAAGAGAGAGAGUCUCUCCGUAUUGCAAAGAAAGAGGAAUAUUUUGAGAUCCAACAGAAAAGGCUCUCCCUAGCACCAGAUGAGCAGAAGGCAUUCUGGAGGAACGUGCAGUUCACUGUUGAUAAAGACGUGGUGAGGACUGACCGCAGUAACCAGUUUUUCCGAGGAGAGAACAACCCCAAUGUGGAGACUAUGAGGCGGAUCUUGCUAAACUAUGCAGUGUACAACCCAGCCAUUGGCUAUUCCCAGGGCAUGUCUGAUCUCGUGGCCCCCAUCCUCGCUGAGGUUCUGGAUGAAUCGGAUACUUUCUGGUGCUUUGUUGGUUUGAUGCAGAACACGAUCUUUAUCAGUUCCCCCCGGGAUGAGGACAUGGAGAAGCAACUGAUGUACCUUCGAGAACUGCUGAGGCUGAUGCACGUACGCUUUUACCAGCACCUGGCCUCCCUUGGGGAGGACGGCCUUCAGAUGCUUUUUUGUCACCGCUGGAUCCUCCUCUGCUUUAAGCGAGAGUUUCCGGACGCUGAAGCUCUGCGCAUGUGGGAAGCCUGCUGGGCUCACUACCAGACAGACUAUUUCCAUCUCUUCAUCUGUGUGGCUAUUGUGGUGAUCUAUGGGGAUGAUGUCAUUGAACAGCAACUGGCUACUGACCAGAUGCUGCUACACUUUGGGAACCUCGCCAUGCACAUGAAUGGGGAGCUCAUACUCAGGAAGGCUAGAAGUUUGCUCUAUCAGUUCCGCCUGCUGCCCCGGAUCCCCUGCAGCCUGCAUGACCUGUGCAAACUCUGCGGAACAGGCAUGUAGGACAGUGGCUACAUCCCCGCCGUGGAGUGUACUGGAAAUCACCCUGACUCUGAGAGCUGCCCAUACGGGGGCAUGGUGGAUGAGCCUUCUCCCAAGUCAGGAAAUGAAUGCAGAAGGGGGCUUAAAACACGAGAGGUCUUUGCUUUCCGGAAAUGACCGUUCAGGAUUGUAUCCCAGCUACGUGGGGACUGCAAAACGGCGGGCACAGAAAACUCGGCAGAUGGCAAGCAAAAGAUGAAAGAACAAGGGUGGUUUUCUUCUGAUCCCCAAAACAGAGGUGGUCAUGGGAGGAGAAUACACAUGAUGCAGAAUAGAAGAGUCUCCUGCUUUGUGGUCAGAGCUGGAUUUUGAUGUGCUUCGUACCGGGAAGAGGGUCAGUCAGACUAUGGUGAUGCUUUGUAGUUUGGAGCAAAUGGAGAGAGAGAGGUUGAGCCUGGCAAAUCAGGGUCAAAAGUGACCCAGGAUUCCCCGCUUCCCUUGCCGUGUAGGGAAUAGUGACUGCUUUAGAAAAUGAACCCACAACCAGCAACCCUGAUGGUAGGUGAAGGGGCAGGGCCGACCUUGCUCCUUUGCCCAGGUGUACCCACGCACCUAUGCAUGCACCUAUUGCUUUAACCAAAAUGCACCACUCCCUGGCUUUAUUGUAAAGCCAUGAUGAUCACCUGGAGUACAGUCUGCCAAAAACAAUAAUAAAAUUGCAAACUUUGGGGUUCCCAAAGGAAACAUUUCAGCGUGCGUGUAAACGGUCACUGUAUUUAAAAAGCCUUCAGUUUUUCUCCAUAUGCACAUCAAAUGUUUGCCAUUUGGAAAGUCAGAAUCAACAGCUUCACUGUGAGUGUAAAUUAUGCAAAAUUACACAUCAUGCAAUAUGGACUAUUCGAUUUAAACUUCUUAAAUAAAACAUACUGGCAAAAGUUCUUCUCAGUAUCCCAAGUAGAGGAAACACUUUGAGGCAUUUAGCUUCAUUAAGAACUUCUCUGAUGAGGACUAUAGUGGCCAGAGAAGGAGGGCUAUGAACCAUUAUGUUCUCCUUUCAAACCAGCAGCCUCUUCCCUUUCCAUCUGUCGAUCCCAUGUCCUUCUCUUCUCCAGUUUUACUACUGUUGAUUUAACUGUUUCCUGGUUAAAAUAGCAAAAAGCACCACACUGUAAAUGGUGGGAUCACCCUGAAAUAUUGAGGUGAUGAAAUGUAUGCCUACCUGAAUAAGAUGAGGAUUCAUUCAGCCACUUAGUUCAGUUCAAAAGUUAUUUAGGUCAAAGGCCAGUAUACAACAAAACAAUCAACAAACUGUUUAAAAGUAAAAGAGGAACAAAGGGCAAGCUGAAAGGAUAGGACCACUAUUACUACCAGUAUAAACUUUCAACUGCUUAUAAUUUGGCUCUUCACCAAAUAGGGCAGUGGAACUCUUCUUGCUACAUCUGUCCAAAAGAGGACCCUUGGAUCUAGUCCUGGGGGAAAUCUGCAAGCCGGAGUGGUGAGCAAAAGCAGCAACUCAGUUUUUAGCAAUUCUUGCUUGAUUUAAAUCCAUUAAAAUGGUUAUAGUGCACCUGUAAGAGAGAAGCUCCACCCAGCUCUCAGGACAGGUUGCUUUAAAACGUAGGCCAUGGACUGAAUGAGCUUCCAGGCUCCCACAGGUUGCAAAGUGUCAGGUGUUUUCAGAGAUAUUAAGUGAUGCCUUUGUUAAAAGCCACAGCUGGCCCCUUCACACCCUAGCAAGACCUGCAUAACUUGCAACACCUCCCCACUUAGCCAAAGGCAGUCUGUUGCUUUAUAUGGAAAGGGGAGUUGCCAAGUGCUCCAUAAUUUCACCUCACUUUAAAAGAAAAAAAAAAAAAA